AUGCAACGUAUUAAUUCAGUUUUCGGUGAUAUUACAUUAGUUGGUUACAUUUUACCUGAAAGAAAUGACAGACAAAAAAAAGAAGCGGAGGAUUCCGAAAUUGAGGAUGAAGAGGAAGAAAACCAACCAGAAUUUUUGGACAUGAAAGAAAUGAGCACCGUCAUGUCUGGAGGGUUAAUGUUUCAGUCGUCCAUAUCUCCACGGAACGAAGUGAAUUUUCUACGUGAAAAUGGUGAGACGCACAGAGUGGAGGGACGCUUUGCUUUGUGCGACCCUUGGUGGAAGAUUACUUGCAGAGCACGCAUAUACAAACACAAGCUUGUUCUGAGGAGUUAUCCUAGAUAUGAACUCAGGCACAACCUUGGUGGAGAUGGACGUUCUCUCGUUUCUCUGUUCUUGAAGGCAUGUGGUGUGGCUCCUGACUUUGUUACCCAGUUCAUGGAGUGGUUGCCCGUGGAAAGGCACAUAGAUCUCACGGAUUUACUGGACACUUUGGAUGAGUUUGAGGCUGCACGGGAAGAGCACGCAGCAGUGGCAGUUCAGCUCAAAUCACUGAUCUCCGCCUCAGUUGCAGGUAUUCAUGUGCAGGUUGCCAGUCUGUACCCAAACGUGAUGACCUACCUGCCGACACUGCUGCCUGGCCAGUUCCAAAGGAUAAUUGGGAGAGAGAGUUCAGGGUUGUCCGAAGCUACAGUGACCGCGCAGGCUCCUGCACAAAGGCAGGAGGACCCAGAACUACUUUAUAAACUGGAGGAACUGAUCAAGACUGAUGUGUGGAAACUGGGCUUUAACCAUAUCAUGUUGAAGGAAUUUCGGAUGAUCAGGACCGAGGCAAAGCUUAAUGCUUUUGAGGACUGUGGAUUGUUCCAGAAAAUCCCUGAUCUUCAACGCAAUGCCUUGCUGAUUUACAAAAACCUGAAGGAAUACUGCGGUGGAACGGGUAGUACUUACAUUGAACUGGAGGGCCUUGUGAAGAGGGGUAAGCUGGAGGAGCCGGAUGUCUGGAACGCAGUGGACUUUCUGCGAAAGCAAGGCGUAAUAGUGCUCGAGAAAAGAAGGAUAGCCCUGAGAAACCUCGAUACUUAUGAAAGAGGCAUUGCAAGCUGCCUGCGCACUCUACUGGAAGGGGAACCCUGGAAUAUCUGCCUGGAUGUAAGAGAGGUCCUCCGGUCUGCCCAGGAGCAGAGAAUGAUGGCCAAAGCAUGCAAAGAGACGACUGAUAUUAAAGAUGACAGUUCUCAAAAUGACCUCGGCCCCCCUCUUCAUAGCGGUACCCAGUUUGAUCAAGACCAUAACCCUGUAGAACUGGAUCCUGACCAAGUAUGUGCAGCAAAGAUGAUGUGUGCCAAUCCACUGACAGUUAUCAGUGGGAAGGGGGGUUGUGGAAAGACCACGGUGGUUAGUGUUGUGUUCAAAGCAGCCAUGCAACAGCAAAGCCAUAACAGGGAAGAGAUUCAUAGUGCCUACUGUGAUGACGAAAAUGAUGAGGCAACGAAAAAGGCUCCAGUUGAAGUUCUGCUAACUGCACCUACAGGUAGAGCUGCCGCAUUGCUGACUAAGAGAACCAGUUUUACUGCAUACACCAUGCAUCAAGUGCUGUGGAAUUUCAUGUGUGCCAAGAAAUCUGCUGAUUGGAAACCAGACGACUGGAAGUUUUCAUCAGUGCGAGUACUGGUUGUGGACGAAGGCAGUCUGGUGUGUGUCCAGAUCCUUCACUCCAUUCUAACCAUACUCACCCAAUAUGCACAGCUCAAGAAAUUCAUUAUCUUAGGGGACGUGAGACAGCUGCCUAGCAUCGAGCCAGGGAACACCCUACAGGAUCUGUACUCCGGCCUCAGCACAAUUCACUGGGCAACUGAGAUGAGGACCAACCACCGUGCUGAAUCUGAGCUUAUUGUCCAAAAUGCUGGACUGAUCUCAGAGAUGGGGAUGAAGAGGUUUCACCCUCUGAAUUUCGAUGCCUUUGUUGACUUAAAUGACCCUGAAGGCAUUAUGCCAACAGCUGACAAGAGUUUCAUUCUUGUUACUCUUCCCCAUCACUAUGAGGAUUAUGACCUGCAGAGAGCUAUUGAAACACUGUUGAAAACUGCUCCUGGAUUAAAAGAUGACAGAACCUCACAGUUUGUUGCAUUUCGGAGGAAGGAGUGUGCUUUGAUUAAUGAAAUUUGUUGCAAGCAUUACUCGGGUCACACCACAAAAACUUGGAAGAACGCAUUACAUUUCCAGCCUGGUGACAAAGUAUGUUGCACCAAAAAUGGCUACGUCACAGACAAAACCAAAGAGAGCAAGCUUGAUUACACUGCUGCUUUUGAACAGCGGGAAGACAAAGGUGCCUUUGAUGUGAUGGGACAAGAUACGAAAGAACAAAAGGAACGCCUUUGCAAUGGGGAGAUUUUCUUCAUCAAAGAGGAUGUGACUGAGGUGGGCGUGACACGUGGUAAGAGGCGGUAUCUGACGCUGGACGAUGGCAGCGGCAGGGAGGUGACAGCUCUGUUCCGAGAGCUAAAGAGAGAGUGCCGACUGCAGCACGCCUGGGCCAGAACUAUCCACACUUUCCAGGGAUCUGAGGCAGAGACUAUUGUGUACGUACUUGGAGGUGGAAGAGCCCAGACCUGGAGGCACAUAUACACAGCUGUGACAAGGGGACAGAAGCGUGUCUAUGUGGUGGCAAAUAAAGAUGGCCUUAAGGAAGCCAUUGAAAGAAAGGCCGUCCCACGUAAAACAAGACUGAGUGCCUAUGUCAGUCAGCUGCUUCCCAAACCGUAUCUUAAGGAAGAGGAUCUUUUUAGUCAACCAACCUGCAACCAGUCUUUCACUGGCACCCCUCCCAAGCCAACCUCAGCCUGUCAGGCCCGCCCCACGCCUGAGCCCCACAUGUCCCCUAAAACAACAUCCCAGGCCAGAAGAGGGCUUUGGACGGAAGAAAUUGGGCAAGAUGUCAGAACCGCAGAGGCUUCCGUGUUGAAUAGUCACACUAAUCCUGGGUCCCCUGUGUAUAACGCUGAUGAUCCUAAUGCGGGGCAGAACGUCAGAGGAUGA